AUGGGCGAAGGCGACCGCAUUGGGCCAGACAUGGGCCCCAAAAAGACUCUUGCCGACCGUAUGAACAGCCUCCGCAAGACCUUCUUCACCAAACAUGGCUUGAUUGGCGAAUAUGACUAUGCAUUCCUUUUCCGACCCAACAUCCCGUUUCUCAAGAAGCCCCGUCGGGCAGCGCCCUUUUUCGGCCUCCAUGAUUCCAUGCCAAUUGUUCUGGCUUUCCUACUAGGCUUCCAGCAUGCUCUGGCCAUGUUGGCGGGUAUAAUGACGCCACCCAUCAUUCUGUCCGGCCAAGGAGGUGUCAAUUUGCCAGCCGACUACCAACAAUAUCUCGUCAGCACCUCUCUGAUAGUGUGUGGUAUCCUGUCCUCUAUCCAGAUCACUCGGUUCCAUAUCUGGAGGACACCGUACUAUAUUGGUACGGGAUUGAUUUCGGUCGUGGGGACAUCCUUCGCCAUUAUCCCCGUCGCCACCGGUGCUUUCGCGCAAAUGUACGCAAAUGGCAAGUGUCAACUCGAUGCCGACGGAAAUCGCCUGCCCUGCCCCGAUGCUUAUGGUGCUCUCAUUGGCACGUGUGCGCUGUGUGCUCUGGUCGAAAUCGCACUGUCUUUCUUGCCACCCAAGGCACUGCGCAGGAUCUUCCCGCCCAUUGUCACUGGUCCAACUGUUAUCCUGAUCGGGGUUCAUUUGAUCGAGACGGGCUUUAUGAAUUGGGCUGGCGGAUCAGGGCUUUGCGCCUCGCGCCCAGAAGAUGGGCCUUUCGCCCUGUGUCCUUCGGUGGGAGCUCCGCACGCUCUUCCCUGGGGCAGUGCCGAGUUCAUUGGUCUGGGCUUCUUGGUCUUUGUGACCAUCUUGCUCUGCGAGCGAUUUGGCUCCCCAAUCAUGAAAUCCACCAGCGUCAUCCUCGGUCUGUUGAUGGGCUGUAUCGUGGCUGCGGCGUGCGGGUACUUUGACGAUUCAGGCAUCACGGCAGCCCCUGUCGGCUCAUUCGUCUGGGUCAAGACCUUCAAGCUCUCGCUCUACGGGCCCAUCGUCCUGCCCGUCAUGGUUGUCUUCAUUAUCUGCGCUUGCGAGGCCAUUGGCGACGUCACCGCCACAUGUGAUGUCUCGCGGCUCGAGGUCGAAGGCCCGAUCUUCGAGUCUCGAAUCCAAGGAGGCGUUCUGGCUGAUGGACUGAACGGAUGCUUGGCCGCCUUGAUGACUAUCACCCCCAUGUCAACGUUUGCCCAAAACAACGGUGUUAUUGCUCUUACCCGUUGUGCAAACCGCAAGGCUGGAUACUUCUGCUGCUUCUUCCUUAUCGUGGCCGGCAUCUUCGCCAAAUUCUCGGCAGCACUGGUUGCCAUUCCCUCGCCGGUUCUUGGAGGCAUGACCACAUUCCUGUUCUGCGCAGUCGCCGUGUCUGGAAUGGCCAUUGUAAACCGCGUCCCCUUCAACCGCCGAACGCGAUUCAUCCUCACCGCAGCGCUCGCUCUUGGGUACGGAGCCACCUUGGUCCCCACCUGGUUCACCUAUGUGUUUACCUAUGAUGGAGACAACCGAUCCCUCCGCGGCUUCUAUGAUGCCAUUGAACUUGUCUGCGAAACGGGCUUUGCCAUCACCGCCCUGGUCGCCAUGCUCCUCAACCUGACUCUGCCCGAAGAAAUCGAAGAUCUUCCGGCUGAGGAGGCGACUAAGGAAGUGGAAGACGAGGGCCGAUCCGAUGCUGCUGGCUCGGUUGAUGAGGGUGUCCACAAGAAGGUCAAUGUGGAAAUGCCCAGCAAGGAGGUCGUGUAA